AUAAAGUUGGAGAUGAAAUGUUGGAUUGCUAGGAACAUGGAGUCUGCUUCUAAUGGGGAGGAACCCACUUCGUGGGAAGAGCUUUACAAUAUCAAUUUGAUGCCAUCUGAGCUGUUUUUCAAGUUUAGAAAGGAAAUUGAGGGGCUUCGACUUGGUGUAAAUUUAGAGUUCUAUAAUGCUCCCAUCAAUGAUCUCCAAGCCAAGCUUGUUCUGAAACCUUUAUCCCCUGACCGGCGGUGGAAGUUCAUAUAUGAGCCUAUACGUCAGGAUGUGCGUAUUCUUUCCAAGAAGAUUCCCAUAACCAAAUUCCUAAAUCUCCAGGUUGGUAUUGGCCAUAAUUUUCAGUUGCAUGCUACUGGUUGGAAAUGGAAGCUUACUACAUGCUUAGGUGGUGAUGGCAUAUCUCGCAUUCGGAAUAAGACAUCACUAGGGUUGUUCCCUGGCAUGGAUUUACGGUUUGCUUGGAGGGCAGAUUAUGUUCUUCCAGAAGUUACAGGGGCUUUGGGUACCGGAGAGCCAUUGUUCAACUUGAGUACCGGACGAUUGCAAGCGUCUCUGGAUAGAGUGGAAACCAUUGUAACGCACACAUCAUGACUAGAGCUAGAUCAAAAGGCAGUAUACCUAUCAAUUGUGCUAAUUGUUUGAAUUUUCUUAGAUCAUGAAAUACUUCAUUUAUGAUCUCUCCCUACAUUAAUGAACAUAACUCUUGUUCUAUGGUCUCUCUCUCUCUUCCAGUGUUUUAUUUAUAAUAUGAGCUAUUUAGAAGUUAAGUAAAGAUGUUAAUUUGUUUCACUUAUUGUAUUUCUGUUCAAAUCUCAUUUACAUGCUAAUGUGUAUCUAUUUUCAUCUGUUGUGCUUUUUGAUAUUCUCAUUAUUCUGUUGUUUCCAAUUUCCUCUCUUAAUCUAAAAUUCUUGUAAAUUUUUUUUCUAAGGGACUCCAGAUGAUAAUAAAUUGGACAAUUUAUAGGUUCAGUUUCUGAAUAAUUUCAUAACACUCCACUUACAAAUUUUUGUUGCCAAACUUUGUAUUCCACAGGUCUGGCAGGAAAAACGCAUGCAAAUUUGAAACACUAUGAUGGGAAAGACCACCAUCAUACUGGCCUAUGGGAGGUGGGAUAUUUGAAAUCUUGUGGUCCUUCAAUUUCAAUAUUAGGAUCAGAUGGCUAUCAUGGGAACGUAUGGGUGCAACAGCCUUAUUAGAACAGUUCAUAAUUUGAUUUGCAUAUGCGACUGGACUUGUCUAAGGUUAUGUCUUAUUAUUUUGCAGCCUUAAAUCCGGGAUGAUUCUUUAAUUGUAAAAAAAAAAAAAUGUUGUGCCCUCUUCUGUUGCAUUUAUAGGACAAAUAUAAACUUGAAUUGUGCCAAUAUGUGGCAAGGCCAAGGUGGAAUUGGUGUGUUUUUCAUA